AUGUACAAAUGCUCGCCACUUCAACCACACCGAUCUCCGGAACCCGCGUGGGAGAGCUUCACGCCACCGAUGCUAGGCGACUCUUUGCGGAAGCGUGCCAAAACGGCCUGCAGACCGUGUCGGGAGCGGAAAAGGAAGUGUGAGGGUGGCAUUCCGUGUUCGGCCUGCAGGCACUUCGAGUACCAUUGCGUCUUUGACCGACCACUGCGGCCAAACAGCCAUUCUGGCCAAGUGCUCAACCAUGGGACUCGAUCGAGCGUUUCGUCCCCGACGACGGACAAUGAUCAGCCCCGACACAUACGCGACCAGCAAAUUGCCCCCCUCCAGACCGAGCAAUCGCAGCUCCGGUCGUUGCAGGCAAACUCGGGCGCCGUGUUUGCGAGGACUCUCGGCUUGACGGCUGAUUCGACCCGGGUUAGGCGGCUGCAACUUUCUGCGUGGAACUUGGGGUUGAGGGACGAAGCGACGGCCAGUGGCCUCGGCCCAAGACCAAUCGUCGAGAUCCUCAGCCUGAGCGAAAUGGAAGUGUUGACCGCUGUCUACUUUCAAGACGUCCACUCUGUUUACGGAUUCCUUGAUGAAGACAGCAUUCGCCGACAAAUCGCCACACGCUGGCGCGAGAGUGCCACCCCGCGCUCGCACGACUGUGUUGAGUCAAUUCUCUGUGGAAUUGCCGCGCUGGGCUGUCUGUUCUCCAAGCAGCCAUUGAGCCUCGAACUACAGCUUCAGAAAUCCGCCGAGGCAGCCCUAGGACAGUCUGUUCUCCUCCCAACGCCGUCCACGGAUGAUGUCGUGGCGUGGUUGCUUCGGGUCAUCUACCUGCGGCUGACCGCGUCCCCCCAUAUUACCUGGAUGGCAACCUGUACCAUGAUGCAUGUCCUGGAAGCAGCCCGACUACACUUUGAUGAAGGCGACGAGCCGUCCCCCUCCGGCAACGGCGCAGAGGGAGGUGGAGAGAGCCGCCGAAGAAUCUACAUGGUCGCCCAGCUGUUCAAUAUCUGGAUCUCGUUUGACUGUGGCCGGUCGAGAGUCGAGCUACGGGGUGCGUCGUGUCUGCUCCCCACGCCCGACGCCGACGGUAUCAAACCCGAGUUGCUCGAGCUUUACCUGGUCUCGGAGAUUCUCUCUCCAGAUAAGUACCAGACUGUUCCCGAGCUGGAAACCUUGCUGCGCAGGGCCCUCGACGUGAAGUCCGCGCAGCCCAUGUUGGUGCUUGUGCAGUGUAACGUGAUGCUCUGCAUCUAUCGGCGGCUACGGGUGCAAGGGUCUAGUCCCAACACCGAGACCCUGGAGAGAAUGUUAUCUGCAUUGUCCAUGGCGGUCGACGCCGCGCUAGUUCUACUAAGGACCGAACAUCCCUGGUGGCAUGUCGCCAAUGUCACCUUCCAAGCGGCUUGUGCUCUGCUCGCCAUCGACACAAGCCUGUCUCUUGCCCAACUCAUCCAACCCUUGAAAGCUCUCCAAAAAGUCAGCGCACACUACCAAACAGCCGCGACAAGAGAAGCCUAUGAAGCCGCUCGUGUGCUGGUGGGUGUCCAUCGGAAACGAAAGGAACUCGAUAUCGCAAGAUUGGACGGAGUACUCCAAGAAUGUCAGCCACAUAACGCAUCGGAUUGCAAUGACACUGAGCUCGAGGGCCACGGCGAUCAAUGGCACUCUUCGAUCCCGGCGUCUCUUGGCAUGAACAAGUUUGGUUUGGGUGAGCUUGAGUGGGAACAGUUUUUCAAUUUGGAUAUUCCCUGACAUGUUAAUCCAAUCUUUAUAAUUAUCCAGGCAUUAAUAGUCCAACAGUUUGACCUACGGCGUGGCUCGUCGGGGCAGGGCAAGACUGAAUUCGAGGGGGCGGAUGUAGUGAGCCUCGCGAGCCAGGAUACAGGUUAAUCCUCAAUUCAGACUCACGAACCUGAAUAAGACAGACAUGAAGAUUUCCCAAGGCCAUAGGAUUGCCUCAGCUUCCUCCUAGAUUAUAUC